AAACUCGCAUACAUAACCCUAACCUGAUGUUUUGUGCUGGACCGGCCGUUGAGUUAUCAGCCGAAACGAGCCCCGCAUUGCUCCGUUCCUGGGUUGCUCCCUGUGUCCCCUUCGGCUCGCAAUGCAAUUGCGGCAGCGAGCGCAACCUCGGCAUGUGCGCAUUGCGGCAUCGCGCGAGCCAUCUCACCCCCAAUGACCCCAUCCCCUUUGUGACCUCCACCUUCCGCCAUCCCGACCUUGAUCAAUCGUCCCGAUCCUUUUUUCCCUCGGAUAUUGCCACAACAGUCACGAAAACCGAAGCCAAUUCCAUUCAACCGCAACAAUCCAACCGACCGCCUCUAACAUACAUACACACGCGCACGGCGACCCGCACCCACACCCACGUCCACGCCCACGCUAUAUCCAUUACCCAUUCGCACUUACACGCAAUUAUCUAGUGAGGGAAAGCCAACGAGCACCCAAACACCACCACCGCCAAAAUGGUCGCCGACACGCUCAUCUACCACCCGGCAGUCUCGCACUACCUCAAAUUCGUCGCCACCACGGCCGGCCGCGACAAGCUGCUGCGCACGCUGCAGUACUUUGCGCGGUUCUACGCGUGGUACCUGCUGCGGACCAACCGCACGCAGGCGUCCAUCCAGCCGUGGGAGGCCAUGAAGAAGCAGUUCGGCCUGGUGCGCAAGGUGCUGCGGGCGGGCAAGAACGUCGAGCACUUCAAGGCCGCCGCCGUCGCCGCCGACGCCUCCAAGACCGCCGACCCCGUCCUGCGCUACACCGCCGUCGGCCGCCAGCUCGGCUACGCCGGCUACCUGUCCAUGGACCUCGCCACCCUGCUCGACGCCACGGGCAUCCGCAAGAGCCCCCGCGCCAAGCGCUUCCAGCAGGAGGCGUACCGCUUCUGGGCGUUUGGGAUCGCUUGCAGCUUGGUCGGCCAGGUGUACACCCUGCACCGCCUGCGCCAGCGCGAGGCGACGGUCGACCGCAAGGAGGGCGAGGGCGUGUUGGAGGGGAAGAGGAUUGCCAUGGAACGCGCGGCUAGCCGGCUGCAGCUCACUUCGGACCUGUGCGACCUGACGGUUCCUCUGUCGGCCCUCAACUGGGUUGGCUUCGACGACGGCUUUGUUGGCCUUGCGGGUACGCUGAGCUCUUUGAUCGGCGUGUACCUGCAGUGGAAGAAGACGGCCUGAGGAGGGUGGGUGAUGCCGCGAGUGUGAGGCAUGCGGGCUAAACUGGCAUUGCGCUUGGGCAUGCUGGAUGGCCCCCAUUACAAAAGUGAUUGCCGGCUUUCGGGGGAUUGCAGAGUGUGCCGUGGAUGGCGGUGGGCGGCUGAUAUUUUUGAUACCUCCGAGUCUUGUUAGCUCUUCUUACCUUCUCAGCUGUGUAUAUCCGGUGUAGUUCAGAGACGAAAUGUAUUGUAAUUCAUAAGCCGAAG